AGAUUUCUGAAUACUUCUUCCAACACUAUUACUAGUGAGGGAGAGGAGGAGGAGCCAUAGACGGAGAAGUCUCCGGGUCUGAGACCACACGUCAUGACAGGCCACAGGGAGCGCAGUUAAGUUUUCAACCUUGUGAAGUUGAUGGAAAAAGUUGCGUCGUGUCAACGUAAAGUGGAUCCGGAGGGGAGAAAACGAAGGAUCGGGGCAAAGAGAUGGCACAAGAAGAGCCGCUGUAUGAUUUCCCGGAGCCAAGCCAGUCGUCAGGGCGCAAGUUGUUGGCUCAUCAAAGGGGACGGGGCUCUCUGAGAAGCAUCAGCGUACUGGACCGUCUCCUGCUCACAGUUCCUGUCUGGCUUCAGCUGUCCAUCAACCCUGCCACCGCACUGCACAUACUGCAGAGGGAGCCUCCUGGGACCUUCCUGGUGCGCAAGUCUCGCACGUCCCAGAGGAAUGUGCUGUGUGUCCGCUUGGCCGAUGACAGCGUGCCAUCCUUUGUUCAGCAGUUUGGCAUCAGGGAGGAUCAAUCCAGUAAAACUCUGUCUCUGGAGACUUCAGCCAUCAGCUUUCCAGAUCUCUCAAGACUAAUUUCGUUCUACUGUGUCAGCAGAGAUGUAUUACGCUUCCCUCUGGAGCUUCCUGAAGCCAUUGCAAAGGCAACAUCCCACAAAGAGCUCGAGUCCAUCUCUCAUAUGGGAAUAGAAUUCUGGAAUUCCCACCUCAAUGUCCGAGGGCCUCGGGAGGCACCAAAGCCCCGGAAAGACAAGGAGAAGAAGCCAGACACAGCAACCUCAGUCCCGUCCACUGCUGCCCCACAAACAAGCUCUGCCACUCAGCUGGAUUCAGCUCCCCAGCCCGACUCAGACAACCAGCCCAAGACGGUAACCAAUCCAGACACAGAAAACAAACAAGAUGGUUCAAAUCCCACCUUGUUCCAUGAGUUCUGUCCAAUCAAGACACGCAGCCCCCGAGAGCUGGACUAUGGCUCCGGCCAGGGUGCUCUCUGUUUCAUCAAUCCCCUUUUCCUCCAAUCCCAGAAUUGUUUGUCCAGACGCCGCAUGUUUACCCGCAGCCUCAAGAUACGGAUUUCCACAGAGACUUCAACCCUGCUUUCGCCCCCACUCGCUCCUCCACCUCCACCACCGAUAAUGCCCAAAACCAAAGGAAAAUGUAAUGCCCAGAAACGGGGACAAAGAACCGCCCAUCCCUGUAAAGGCCUGUCACAAGGUGAGAACCCAAGUGAAGCCGCUCAGAUUGAUCCCACAGCUCAGAUGCAGAACAACCCCAGUGAGGCCCAAGUUCAGCCUCCAUCAGGAACUCCUCACUUCCAGUCUGAGCUGCAGGAGCAGGGCCAAAUAAAGAUGGAACCCGGCCAAGGUGAAGCUGGAGUUUCGGGCGAAGAGGUUACAGCUCAGCUACCAGCAGUAAUGGAGAAUCUUCCACUCGAUUCAGACUACAUGCAUCCCUCUCCAAUGAUCAGUUUCUCCCAUUCGCCCUCACUCUUUCCUUACCUAUCCCCACAUGCUUCUCCCAUGCCACCUCCCCUUUUCCCCAAAGCAGCUCCGUCCUUCUCUCCUUACGACUCUCCCGGGGCUUCUCCCUCUCUCUCCCCUUAUCAAUCCCCAUCUCUCUCUCCCAAGGCUCCCAUUUCCCUCUCUCCAUACGACUCACCCAGCGGCUCACCUUCCCUUUCACCAUACCAGUCCCCGUCUCCUUCUCGAAAGGUCCCCUUCCCUCUCUCUCCCUUCACCGCUCCGUCCUUCAUUCAGCCGGCAGAACAGGCCUAUCACACACCUGCUACUCUUUCAGGACCAGAUCAGCAAAGAUCAGAGAGAGAGGCUGAGGAGGAGGGAGCAGGUUUGGAGGAAAUUAAGGAUGAAGAUGACACAAAAGAGAACCUGCACAAAAAGAGGGAAGAGGAGGAGAGGGGUCUGGUUUUACAGAUGGCUGCUGCUUCUCUAAAUGACACAAACAGCUGCAGUUCCUUCAGUAGUCUUGAAAGAGAAGCAGAGACUCUGUCUCACUCACCCCACAAACAGGACAAUGAUACAAGCCUCUAGCAGACAAACAUGUUAGACUGUAACUGAUUUACAUUAUAAAGCACUGUGUAGAAUUACUACAUGUGGAUGUGGUGGCAGCAUCCAAGGGUCUCACCCUGAAAUAAUCUUUAGAAUGGAGCAAAACUUUUAAUUAAAUAUGUAUUUCAAAACCAAACACUUUGCUAAGAAUACUGGUUGUUUUGCAUGUUUUAACUUUAACUUAUGUGCACUAUUUAUUAUGCUCUAUUGCCAAGAUUUCCUAAAGCAUACCAAAACAUUGUUGACUGUUUGGCUAACUGUCAUGAAGCCAUGUGUUUCCUUUGAUUUCGGUAUUUUCUGAAAAUUGAAUUAAGAAAUUUCAUACUCGAGACUGUCAUGAUUUAGGAAGUCUAUCAUAAUUACCCUUUUAAGAUUUCCCAUCUAUCCGUACGGAAUGCCUGGAGGGAAUUUCUUCAAAUAUGGCACUAAAGUCCACUUGGACUCAAGGAUAAACUGAUUAGAAUUUGGUGGUCAAAAGACACUGUCACCUUACAAAAAACAUUUUUUGGCCAUAACUUAAGAAUUAAUAUGCUAUUUAUGACAAUUUCACACAUUUGACUGAAAGUAUUAAAUUAUGAAGAAAUGAAAUUUUGGACAUACAUGGAUGUAAACUGCAGCUUGAUUAGUCGGUGGAGGUAUUGAACCGCAAGGCAGUUAUUCUAUUUUGCAUCAAAGGUACAAAUAAAAACUAUAUUGUAAUUGCUGCAAUACAGUUACAACUGCUUUUGAAUUGGCUACCAAGAGUCAUGACAUUUUUUGGGGAAAAAUCAACACUAGGAGUGGAUCAACAGAUAAUAUAGGAGGAUGAGUCACUUACAGACACCCUUCAUUUAAAGGUUCUUGUGGAAAAAACUUGAAUUGUGGUUGUUGAGUCUUUCUACUGUGUUCAGUUUGACUGAAUUUAACAACUCUCUGCAGACACGUCAACAUACAGACGUUCAGACUUCAACUAAACAUGUGCCAUUUUGAUUUCAGUCCUACUUCAAGCAUGAGGGUGAUUUCUAAUGUUAUUAAAAUAAAUUGAAAGUCAAUCUCAAGAUUGUGGGUGAAUUUCAUUAGAAUGAAAUUAGCGAUUCUCUAAUGGUUCUGGUAGAAAAAAAAACCAAUUCACUAAGACAUUACCAAACAAAUUUAAUUUGUGCAGAUUCAAUGGGGCAGUCGUACGUACAGUGCUUCCUUAGGCCUUCCAGACAUCUCAAUAUUGUAUACAGUCAAGUAAUCAGUCACGACUUCAUUAUACCACACAGGGCAAAAAAAAAAAAUAAAAA